UCAUCACCAUCACAUGUAUGGACACUUGUGGUAGCUGGAAGCGACAUUGUGCUUAGGUAAGAAGGAGAGCGUGGACAAGCACAACGUGUCAACAAUGGGUGACAAUAUAAUUGGUUCGGCAAGUUUCUUGCAUUUAGGUGACAUUGUUUCACUUUUUGCGGAGGGCAGUGUCUGUGGAUUUCUCAGUACUCUUGGUUUGGUUGAUGAUCGUACUGUGGUAUGUCCGGAGGCAGGCGAUUUAAAUUUUCCACCCAAGAAGUUUCGAGAUUGCCUAAUAAAAGUAUGUCCCAUGAAUCGGUAUUCGGCCCAGAAGCAAUUCUGGAAGGCCGCCAAACAAUCAGCCAGCUCAAAUACGGAUACAAAUUUAUUGAAGAGGUUACAUCACGCCGCCGAAAUCGAAAAGAAACAAAAUGAAACGGAAAACAAAAAACUCUUGGGCACCGCCAUCCAAUAUGGCAAUGUGGUCCAACUGCUGCAUCUGAAAUCCAACAAAUAUCUGACUGUGAACAAACGUCUGCCCUCCCUGCUGGAGAAAAAUGCCAUGCGGGUAUAUUUGGAUGCCAAUGGCAAUGAGGGUUCCUGGUUUUAUAUUAUGCCCUUCUAUAAGUUACGCUCUACGGGAGAUAAUGUGGUGGUGGGCGAUAAGGUCAUCCUGAAUCCCGUCAAUGCUGAUCAACAAAAUCUCCAUGUGGCAGCCAAUUAUGAGCUUCCCGAUAAUCCAGGCUGCAAGGAGGUUAAUGUCCUGAAUUCGUCCACCUCGUGGAAGAUUACCCUCUUCAUGGAACACAAAGAGAAUCAAGAUCACAUUUUGAAGGGUGGAGAUGUUGUGCGUCUCUUUCAUGCGGAACAGGAGAAAUUCCUUACCAUGGAUGAGUAUAAGAAGCAACAACAUGUUUUCUUGCGGACAACGGGUAGGACAAGUGCGACAGCGGCCACUUCGAGUAAAGCCUUGUGGGAAAUCGAAGUGGUCCAACAUGAUUCGUGUCGUGGUGGUGCGGGACAUUGGAAUUCUUUGUAUCGUUUCAAACAUUUGGCCACUGGUUAUUAUCUGGCAGCAGAGCUGGACUCUGAAAAUGGUCUGGGAGGUAGCGGGGCAAAUGCCAGUAGUGUGGGUCAGCUGCAGCAGCAGCAACAAAUGCAUCAGACUCCUACCCAGCUGUUUAACAUUAGUGCGGAAAAUGCCAAGGAUUCGGGUAUUAGCUGUAAUUCGACGAUGAUAGACAAAGGUAAAUUGGAACACUACCGUUUGGUUUCCGUACCCUUUUCCACCGACAUUGCCACCGUGUUCGAAUUGGAUCCCACCACCAUGGCCAGGGCAGAUAGCCUUGUGCCACAAUCUAGCUAUGUACGGCUACGCCACCUUUGCUCCAAUACCUGGGUCCAUGCCACUUCCAUACCCAUUGACAUCGAUGACGAUAAACCGGUAAUGUCCAAGGUAUGCUGCUCGCCCGUCAAGGAAGACAAGGAGGCCUUCGCUUUGAUACCCGUACCUCCCGUCGAAGUUCGUGAUUUAGAUUUCGCCAAUGAUGCCUGCAAGGUCUUGGUAUUGGUCACAGCCAAAUUGGACAAUGGCACCAUUUCGAUCAAUGAAAGGAAAUCCCUCAUCUCCCUACUGCAGGACAUAGUCUACUUCAUAGCGGGCAUGGAAAAUGAACAGAACAAAACGAAGGCCUUGGAAUUGACGAUAAAAAAUCCCAUACGAGAUCGGCAAAAAUUGCUGCGAGAACAAUACAUACUCAAACAGCUGUUCCGAAUUUUAGAGGGACCCUUCCAAAAACACCCUGGCGGAGAUGGACCCUUUCUAAGGCUAGAUGAGCUUAGUGAUCCGAAGAAUAGUCCCUACAAAAAUAUCUUCCGUUUAUGCUAUCGCAUCCUGCGCUUGUCGCAACAGGAUUAUCGUAAAAAUCAGGAAUACAUUGCCAAACAUUUCGGGCUGAUGCAAAAACAAAUUGGCUAUGAUAUCCUCGCCGAGGAUACCAUCACCGCCUUGCUGCACAAUAAUCGUAAACUUCUAGAGAAACACAUCACGGCGGCGGAAAUUGAAACCUUCGUAGGGCUGGUACGCAAAAACAUGCAUAAUUGGGAUUCACGCUUCUUGGACUACCUCUCCGAUCUGUGUGUUUCAAAUCGCAAGGCAAUUGCGGUCACACAGGAAUUAAUUUGUAAAAGUGUUUUGAGUUCGAAAAAUUCCGAUAUCCUGAUUGGUACCAUAGUGAAAAGUGUCAAGAGUCCUAAAUUUGGCUUCGCCAAACAAAGUGACAUGAACAAACCCCUGUCGCCUCUAACCGAAGUCCUUGACGAUGAUGACAAACUUGAUUUGAUAUCCACCAAAACAAAUAGCACCUGGGAUAUGCGUAGCCUCGAGGGGGACAAUGAGCAGGAGGGCGAUAAUGUUAAAUAUGAAAUUCACUUGAAAUGGAAGGGUCUAAAGGAAUCCCGUUCAAUUGCCGAUUUAGCCAACUGUGUGGCCCAGGGCAAGGAGCAGGAAAUUGCCAUUCUCAACUACUAUCGCCAUCAGCUGAAUUUAUUUUCGAAUAUGUGUCUGAAUCGCCAGUACUUGGCCUUAAAUGAUUUAUCACCCCAUUUGGAUAUUGAUUUGAUUUUGAAAUGCAUGUCCGAUGAAACAAUGCCCUAUGAAUUGCGUGCUUCGUUCUGUCGUUUAAUGCUGCAUCUGCAUGUAGAUCGUGAUCCCCAGGAACCGGUAACGCCGGUAAAAUAUGCCCGUCUCUGGAGUGAAAUACCAUCGAAAAUGUCAAUUUUGGACUAUGAUGGCAAAAAUCAACAACCUGAUCAGAACAAGGAAGCUGUACGGGCCAAAUUUAAUACCACCAUUGCAUUUGUGGAGAACUAUCUAUGCAAUGUGGCGGCUAAGGUUUGGCUAUUCACAGAUCAGGAACAGAAUAAGUUGACAUUUGAGGUGGUGAAAUUGGCUCGUGACUUAAUUUACUUCGGCUUCUAUAGCUUCAGCGAUCUGCUUCGAUUGACCAAGACAUUGCUUUGCAUCCUCGAUUGUGUUUCGGAUAGUAGCAUUGAUAGUUCCACGGCGGCUGGACCAAAUGCUGGACGAUUUGAGGCAGCUGUAACAGACUCAAACGAAGAUGAGGAUUCGAAAAUUGGUAAGUUUAUUUGCCAAUCUAAAAUCUUCCCAAGAAAAAAAGAUUGAAACAUCUAGAACUUGCACUCACCAAAUACCACCACACUAACACUCCACUCAUAAAUUUCCCCAACAUUUUUAGCCGAAGGUGGUGUCCUGCGUUCCAUUGGCGAUAUGAACACCGUUAUGACCAGCCUGGCAUUGGGUUCCGUUGGCCAGGUUAUGGCCACACCGGCCAUUUCAUCGCUACAACAACGCAAAUCCGUAUCACAGCUAAUGAAGGAGUUCCCCCUGGUCAUGGACACAAAGCUGAAAAUCAUUGAAAUUCUACAAUUCAUUCUGGAUGUCCGUUUGGAUUAUAGAAUUAGUUGCCUCCUAUCGAUAUUCAAGCGUGAGUUCGACGAAAGUGACGCCCAUCAAUUUGCCAAUCAGUCGGAAGCAGCUACAGCGACAGUAACAUCGGCACCCUAUGUACAGACUACCACAACCACAAUUACCACAACAUCGGACAGUGGCAUUAGUUCACCAUCCACAAUAUCGGGUGGUGGUGGUAGUAACACAACUUCCAACACAACAUCAUCUUCCUCCACCACAUCACCCACUUCCUCCAACACAAACACAACCACCGGCUCCGGCACCCAAGAUGCCCAGGCAUCGGCAGCAGCUGCUGCUGCUUUCCAACAGCGUCAAAAGAAUAUCGAUUUAGAGUCAAUUGGCAUACAGGCGGAGGGCAUUUUCGAUUGUGACAGCGGUGAUGCUGCCAAUUUGGAUUUGGACGGUCAGGGUGGUCGUACAUUUUUACGUGUUCUAUUACAUUUAAUUAUGCAUGACUAUCCACCGUUAGUAUCGGGAGCAUUGCAUUUGCUCUUCCGUCAUUUCAGUCAACGUCAGGAGGUUUUGCAUGCCUUUAGACAGGUACAACUUUUGGUUUCCGACAAUGAUGUGGAAUCGUAUAAACAAAUUAAACACGACUUGGAUAUUUUGCGGCAAAGUGUUGAGAAAUCCGAAUUGUGGGUAUAUAAAUCGAAAACUUCCGAGGAAUUAAGUACAACUGUAGGAGAAUCUUCUAUAGAUAAUAGCAAUCUAACCAACGAAUAUAAGGCUUCAUUAUCGACUGAACAAUUGGCCGAAUAUAAAAAGGUCAAAGAAAUCCUGAUACGCAUGAAUCAAUUUUGUGUCACGCAAGGACCCUAUGUAAAACCCCGUAAACAUGAGCAACGCUUGCUGAGGAAUGUUGGCGUCCACACUGUAGUCUUGGAUCUCCUGCAAAAUCCCUACGAUGAAAAAGAUGAUGUCCUUAUGAAGGAAUUGAUGUUUUUGGCCCACGAAUUUUUGCAGAACUUCUGUUUGGGCAAUCAACAGAAUCAGGUGUUGCUGCAUAAUCAUUUGGAUUUGUUUUUGAAUCCGGGGAUCCUCGAAGCCAAAACCGUCUGUGCUAUAUUCAAGGACAACCUAACCCUGUGCAAUGAAGUUACCGACAAAGUCGUCCAACAUUUUGUCCAUUGCAUUGAAAUCCAUGGUCGUCAUGUGGUGUAUCUGCAAUUCCUACAGACCAUUGUCAAGGCUGAGAAUCAAUUUAUACGCAAAUGCCAGGAUAUGGUUAUGCAGGAACUGAUCAAUGCCGGCGAAGAAGUUUUGGUAUUCUACAAUGAUAAAUCAUCGUUCAAUCAGCUGGUGCAUAUGAUGCAAACUCAAAAGACCCCACUGUCGGAUGAUAGUCCCUUGAAGUAUCAUGUAGAAUUGGUAAAACUUUUGGCCUGCUGUACCAUGGGUAAAAAUUUAUACACGGAAAUCAAAUGCAAUAACCUGUUGUCCUUGGAUGAUAUUGUGGCGGUUAUAUGCCAUCCGGCUUGCAUACCGGAGGUCAAGGAGGCUUAUGUGGAUUUUCUGAAUCAUUGUUAUAUCGAUACAGAGGUUGAGAUGAAGGAGAUCUAUUCAUCGGGUCACAUGUGGAAUUUGUUCGAAAAAAGUUUUAUGGUGGACAUUAAUUUGCUGAUCAAUACGGGGAUCAAUGCGGAUAAGACCCUCAUCAAUUAUGUGCUCAAUGGAGUCUGCACCAUACUGGCCAGCUUUUUCAGUAGCCCCUUUUCCGAUCAGAGCACCAUUGUACAGUCCCGACAAAUGAUAUUCGUACAAUUACUGCAAGUCUGUUAUCGUUUAUCUCAAUGCAAAUGGUUGAGUCUGGCUGAUCGCUUUAAUGUCGAAAAUUGUAUACGUACUUUGGCUGAGUCGGCAAAGACACGCAGCAUCGCCAUACCGCUCGACUUGGAACAGCAGGUGGUGACCAUGUCAAGUAAAACGGCUCUGCUCACCAGGCAGACGACAAAAUGGCUAUUGGCCUCGAAACAGCCAAAAUAUGAGACACAGCAUUCGGCCAAUUUAAUGCGAUUAGACAGGUCCAUUAUCGAGGGCUUGCAGGAUAUUGUCUCACUGCUGGAGGAUCAAUUGAAACCAGUGGUGGAAGCAGAAUUGUCACUGUUGGUCGAUAUACUGUACAGAUCGGAACUGUUGUUCCCGCAGGGAACGGAGGCACGAAAAAGAUGUGAGUCAGGUGGCUUUAUCCGGAAGCUGAUCAAGCAUACGGAGAAAUUGUUGGAGGAAAAGGAGGAGAAAUUGUGUGUGAAGGUAUUGAAAACGUUGAGGGAAAUGAUGGCGAUUGAUGUGAACUACGGGGAGAAGGGGGAUGCGCUGAGGAGUACCCUGCUGAAGCGAUAUUUCGAUAUAAAGCCAUCG